GCCCAUGCUCGCUUGAGGGCAACAUUGGCGCUGAAUCUGAUGAAGUGCAAACUCAAGAGUUUCUACACACCAUCAAUGCAUCAGGGAUACCGAACCAUAAAUUGGGACUAAAGGUUGGUGUUCCUGUUAUGUUAAUGAGAAACCUUGAUCAGUCCUCUGGCGUAUGCAACGGAACUCGCCUGAUUAUUACUAGGUUAGGUAAAUCUGCUUUGGAGGCGAAAGUUAUAACCGGAAAAAGUAUUGGUCAAAAGGUUUUGAUUCCACGACUAUCAUUGGUCCCGUCGGAUAGCAGAAUUCCUUUCAAAUUUCAGCGUAGGCAAUUUCCAAUAAUCGUUUCAUUUGCCAUGACGAUAAACAAAAGUCAAGGACAAUCUCUGGAUCAAGUGGGCAUAUAUCUUCCAAAAUCUGUCUUUACGCACGGUCAAUUGUACGUGGCUAUAUAUGUUAAGGGUUACAUCAAGGGGUGGACUGAAGAUUCUUAUAUGUGAUGACGUGAGCCGCACUAUCAACACCACAAAUAAUGUGGUAUAUAAAGAAGUUUUCCGAAAUUUGUGAAACUGUUUUUUUCAUUGUCAACAUAUAUGACU